UGGCAGAAACUUCACCAACAUCACCAAAACCAAGACUGACCAGAAGAAAGAGUAUGGAAGAACCUACAUCUCUGUCACCCUCCAGAUUUUGUCUGACUGAAGAGCUUCAGUGUGGUGUGUGUCUGGAUGUGUUCAGUGAUCCAGUCAGCACUCCAUGUGGACACAACUUCUGCAGGAUCUGUCUGAAACAGUACUGGGACAACAGUCAGAUCUACAGCUGUCCAUACUGUAAAGAAACAUUCAGUAAAAGACCAGAGCUCAACAUCAACACAACACUUAGACAGAUCACACUGAUCUUUAAGGAAAAGUUUAGUCUGAGAAAAUCUAAAGUCCUCUGUGACAUCUGUGAUGAAAGAAAACUGAAAGCCCUGAAGUCCUGCCUGGUGUGUCAGAUGUCUUACUGUAAAACUCAUCUGGAGCCUCACCAGAGAGUCCUGAACUUAAAGAAACACAAACUGCUGGAUCCUGUGGAGAAUAUAAAGGACUAUAUAUGUGUGAAACAUGAGAGACCUCUGGAGCUCUUCUGUAGAGAUGAUCAGACAUGUGUUUGUGUGUUUUGUACUGAUGGAGAUCACAAGAAUCACAACACUGUUCCUCUAGAGGAGGAGAGUAAAGAGAAGAAGACUCAACUGAUGAAGACACAGACAGACAUUCAGCAGAUGAUCCAGAAGAGAAUCAAGGGGAUUCAAGACAUCAAACACUCAGCAGAACUCAGAAAAGGAUGUCAGACUGAGCUGCUGGAGACAAUGGAGGAGGAAGAGAAACAGGAUGAAGAUCUCAUUAAUAAUCUGGAGCAGGAGAUCGCUGAUCUGAAGCGGAGAGACAGUGAGCUGCAGAAGAUCACAGACAGUGAAGAUCAUCUUCAACUCAUACAGGUCAAUCUCUCUCUCUCUCUCUCUCUCUCUCUCUCUCUCUCUCUGUCUGACAUCAGUACGAAGACUCAUGUGGGUGUGAAGACUCUAAAGAGAGCUCGGACUCAACUACAAGAGACUCUUAGUGAGAAACUUGCUAAAACUGUAUGAUGAUGUGAUUCAUUUUUUCUCAUCUGUCUCUCAGUUGAUGGAACUCUGGAUCCUAAUACAGCAAAUCCAAAACUCAUCCUGUCUGAAGAUAGAAAACAAGUGAGACAUGGAGACAUUCAACAUGAAGUCACAGAUAAUCCAGAGAGAUUUGAUAGAGGUAUCUGUGUCCUGGGAAAAGAGGGAUUCACCUCAGGGAGAUUUUAUUUUGAGGUUCAGGUAAAGGACAAAACUGAAUGGGAUUUAGGAGUGGCCAGAGAAUCUGUUAACAGAAAGGGAAAGAUCGCACUGACUCCUCAGAAUGGAUUCUGGGUUGUGGCUCUGAGAGAUGAGAAAGAUUAUUUUGCCUGUACUGAUCCCUGCGUCCUUCUGUGUCUGAAAGUGAAACCACAGACAGUUGGUGUAUGUGUGGAUUAUGAGGAGGGUUUGGUUUGUUUUUAUGAUGUAGAGUCCAGGUCUCAUAUCUGCUCUUUCUUUGGUCAAACUUUCACUGAGAAACUCUUUCCUUACUUUGGCCCAGGUCUUAAUGAUGAAGGUAAAAAUUCAGCUCCUCUGAUCAUCUCACCUGUUCUUAUUAAAACAAAUACAUUUACAUCCAGAAUAUAAAAUAAUAAAUGAAAAGAAAUACUUAGCUCUAUGAAUGAGAAAAUAAAUAUGAUUUUCUUGUUUUUCUAAUGAUACUACGUAGCCUACAGUAAACUUAUGAGACAGCCUCAAUAAAGCUGUCACUGGGGCAGUGACCUAUUAAAAUCUACUGUAUACAUAAAGGUUGCAAAAUAGUAUCUCAGUGUUUGUUAGGGUUUUGUGUCAUGUUGGUCCUGUCAUUUCUUUAAUUUUGAAACACACUACAGUGUAUUGGUCUUUGUUGAUCUCUAAUUGUAUGUAUUGGUUCUAUUGGUUCUAUGCAUUGGUUCUAAUGGAAUGUGGCCUAAAACACACUACAGUGUUGUGGUUGUAAUGGUAAAAGCUUAUAGUUCCUAUUGGUAUUUUAAUGGGAACCAUUGGAAUUUUCUGUAAUGGUUGUAUUGUUUUUUUUCAGCAGGGUGGUUUUUGUGUUUUAUGUGUCAUGUUCUUAUUGGUCCUCUGUCCUUAUAUAAAGCCCUCAUGUGGCCUCAGUCUUUGGUUGGUUAUUGUAGUUGAUGUGUGUUGUUUCUAUUCUUAUUCAUGGUCAUGUGUUUUAUAAUAAUUUUUUGGAUUGUUAUUCAUGUUUGAACUCAUUAAAGAUUUUAUAUGCACUUAGAUCCUACCACAAGGGACAAAAUACCAACCCAAUAAAUUGAUCUAGCAGAUAAGUAGUGAUCUUAGAAACAUCAAUCUGAAACUGCCUCCACAGUGACACCUAGUGUCCACUUGCAUCUCUUGAUGUGAAACAGCUUUGUCAAUGGUUCAGAUGUAGCCCACACAAAUGAUCGGUUGGCAGAGUGAAUAGUGUUCUCUAGUAACAUUAUGGUGCCGUAGGAUCGAAAACAGGGUCAAGCAUCCCUGUACACAUUGGUACAUUGUUUUUUUUUUAAACUCUUUUCACAUCUAUAUGACAUUCAAAUAGGGUGUAACUAUGCUAAGGUUUUGUUUAACCAAUGGGUAGGAUGACAAAGUCUAUGAACUCCUGUCUCUUGAAAUGUUA